AUGCGAAACCAAGCAAAUCGCCUCGCCAAAAAGGCCCUUACCGGCCUCAGGACGCAGACUCGCUCCUACACCAAUGCCACCUCUCAGAUCCCCCCUCGUCAUCUCAUGACGAUAGCUGAUCUCACACCGGUCGAGUUCACUAACUUGGUCCGCAAUGCCGCAUCUCACAAGACCCUCGUGAAGGGCCGUGAUGCGAAGCAUCUCGAGGAGCUCAGGAAAGGGCUCAUGGGUACAGCUGUUGCGAUGAUGUUUAGCAAGAGGAGUACCAGGACUAGGGUAUCGACCGAGGCGGCGGUCACGCUUCUGGGUGGACACGCGAUGUUCUUGGGCAAGGAUGAUAUUCAGCUCGGUGUGAAUGAGUCUCUCUAUGACACAUCCGUCGUCAUCUCCUCAAUGACGUCCUGCAUGGUUGCCCGAGUCGGCCCGCACUCAGACGUCACCACCCUCGCUCAGCACUCUUCCGUCCCUGUCAUCAAUGCCCUCUCUGAUGACUUCCACCCCCUCCAAUCCAUCGCUGACUUCCUCACCAUCCACGAAAACUUCCCCUCAUCAAAUCCUUCCGACCUCGGCCUCUCUGGUCUCAAGAUCGCCUGGAUCGGUGACUCUAACAAUGUACUCUUCGACCUCGCUCUUUCGGCGGUUAAGUUAGGUGCUACGAUUGCUUCCGCGUCGCCCUCCGGCUAUGGCAUUCCCCAGGGAAUGAAGGAUCUCAUCAACUCUGCCGCAAAGAGCUCUGCCACCCCCGGAAGGCUCAUUGAGACUACAGUGCCCGAGGAGGCCGUCAAGGACGCUGACAUCCUCGUGACUGACACGUGGGUCUCCAUGGGCCAGGAGGCCGAGGCCAAGAAACGCCUGCAAGCGUUUGCUGGCUACCAGAUUACGAAUGAGCUCGCGAAGAGGGGCGGUGCCAAGGAGGGCUGGAAGUUUAUGCAUUGCCUGCCUCGACAUGCUGAGGAGGUUGAUGACGAGGUAUUCUACGGACCCAGGAGUCUUGUCUUCCCCGAGGCGGAGAACAGGCUGUGGGCUGCUGUUUCUGCUCUCGAAGGUUUUGUUGUCAACAAGGGCAAGAUCUAA